GCAGCGUGGAGCAGAGGCUGCGGGCCGGCGGCCGCCGCCAUGGUGUUGAACCCGGUGCUGGGGAAGCUGGUCAGCAAGCGGGUGGUGCUGGCCAGCGCCUCGCCGCGCCGGCAGGAGAUCCUCACCAACGUGGGCCUGCGGUUUGAGGUGGUUCCAUCCUGGUUUAAGGAGACACUAGAGAAGUCAUCUUUUACAGCCCCUUAUCAGUAUGCUGUGGAAACAGCAAAACAGAAAGCUCUUGAAGUAGCAAACAGAAUGCAUGUAAAGCAUAUGAGAACACCUGAUAUUGUCAUAGGAGCAGACACUAUUGUGUCUGUGGAUGAGCAGAUCCUGGAGAAACCAGUUGAUAAGCAAGAUGCCUACAGGAUGCUAUCAAGGUUGAAUGGGAAAGAGCACAGUGUUUUCACAGGGGUGGCUAUUAUACACUGCCGCAGUAAAGACAAUCAGCUAGAGAUGGAAAUCACCGAUUUCUAUGAAGAGACUAAAGUAAAAUUUUCUGAGCUGUCUGAAGAGCUCUUAUGGGAGUACAUUCAUAGUGGGGAGCCAAUGGACAAGGCUGGUGGAUAUGGUAUCCAAGCCCUUGGUGGAAUGUUAGUUGAGUAUGUCCAUGGAGACUUCUUGAAUGUGGUGGGAUUUCCUCUGAAUCACUUCUGCAAAAAGCUGGCAGAAUUGUAUUAUCCACCCUCUAAACAUAAUGUACAACAUAAAAAGUAUGACUCUAUCCCUUCUGUGGACACUUUUGAGAACCUAAGUGAUGGAGAAUGUGAAUCCUCAAAUUUCACUGAGCACAAAGUUGCUAGUAAGUUGGACAGCAGUGGGAUCCAUUCCUCGGGAGCUGUUCACACUUCUGAAAACAGGUCUGCUGUCAGGACAGGUUUUACAGUGCCUUUGGAAAAUCAGAAUGGAGUGUUACAGAGUGCAUCAAAACUUCCAUCCAAAAUUCUAGAGCUGAUGGAUGGUUUUAGAGCUUCAAAGGCUCUGUUUGUAGCCUCUAAGCUGAAGAUAUUUGAUCAUCUGAAAGACAGAGGUCCAAUGAAGGCUGUGGAUAUUGCAAAUGAUGUUGGAACUUCUGUAUGUGGAACUGAAAGACUCCUUGAUGCAUGUGCUUCUCUUGGAUUACUGGAGAAAACACCACAAGGUUACAGUAAUACAGACUCAGCAAAUACCUACCUGACCUCAGAUGGUAAAUACUCACUUCAUGGCUACAUUAUCCAUUCUAAUGAUCACCUUUGGCCUCUCUUCACAAACUUGGAGUCUGCUGUCAAAGAAGGGAGCAGGCAGAAUCAUCGAGCCUUUGGAAAGAAAGCAGAUGAUCUGUUUAAGGACUAUUAUCACAGCCAGGAGGUAAAGCAACGUUUUAUGGCUGCCAUGCACAGCAUUGCUCAGCUUACAGCAAGAGAUGUGGCUACAGCGUUUGAUCUUUCACAGUUUAAAUCUGCUUGUGAUUUAGGAGGUUGCACUGGAGCUUUGGCUCAUGAAUUAGUACAAGUAUACCCAAAUCUCAAGGUCACGGUAUUUGACCUUCCAGAAGUCAUUGCAAAUACCUCUUACUUUCAGCCUUCAGGACAGCACACUGCUCCAGUGACAUUUGUGUCAGGUGACUUCUUCAAGGACAAUCUUCCAGAAGCAGAUCUUUACAUCCUUUCACGUGUUCUUCAUGACUGGUCUGAUGAAAAGGUACAUGUGCUGUUAAGCAAGAUAUCAGCUGUUUGCAGACCAGGCUGUGCAAUUUUGCUGGCUGAAAUGGUGUUGGAUGAUGAAAAGAAGAACAGGAGCACAGCUCUGCUGCAGUCAUUGAACAUGCUUGUGCAGACAGAGGGAAAGGAGAGAAGUGGCUCUGAGUAUCAAGCCUUGCUGGAACAACAUGGACUCACAAAUGUCAAAAUCAGAGUAACAGGAAAUUUGUUAGACGUCAUUCUCUGUGUUAAGGCCUAGAAAAAAACAUAUUAAGUAGUAAUUUUGAUGUCUCAGACUUGUGUUUGAUGUUUUGUAAUUAUCCAAAUACAUUCUCAACUUCUCAUCAAUACCAUAAGCCAUGAACCAAAUACCAUAAAAAAAGGAAUGUAACAAGAAAUGACAGCUUUAUGGUGUUAUUUUUAAAAAGGGGGAAAUAUUGAUUACAUUUAUUUUGGACUUCAGUAGAAUGAUGCCAGGAGAUUCUGUGGCUGCACAACACGUGUAGAACACAAAUGGUGUAAUCAGCCGAAUGGCAGUAUUCACACUGUUGAGAAAUCACUGUUUCUUCAUACUUGGUGCAAUUAGAAUAGUAGUUUUUAGACCAGUACACAUUACUUUGCCCCUGUUCCAGCAGGUUAAUGUUGGUAUCAUUUUAAUGCUCCAUUGCCAUCCAUUUUAAUAUCAUUUUAUGCUACACCCUCUACUAUAAAUAAACACUCUCAAAUCAAAUCAGCUGGAAACUGCUACAGCGAUGGUGUAAGAUUGGAAACAAGAACUGGAGCAGCAGCUUCCUGAGAGAGUCAAGACAGACUGCUCUGCUUUGAGAGAGGAUUCUGAAAAAAAGGCAGUUAUAUAAAAGCACAAGUGUGAUUGUAAUUUGAGAUUAAAUGUUAGGACACCAAGUUUGUUUCAAGAACAUCAUCAUACACCUUUUUAGCCCUACUUAAUUUGUGAGCUCUUAAAAAAGUGGAUAGCAAAAUAUGAGAAAAGGAGAAAAAAAAAAAGUGCAGAAACAGAAGAAAAAGCAUGAUGAUAGACAAAAAAGGAUUUCCCCCAGUCAUAUGCAGGUGAGCUCUCAAGGUGAACAGAACAUGACAACUACAGACUGAACAGUUUUCCAUUACAAGUUAUGUGCCUUUUAUCUUUAUUUUUCAUAAUGACAAUACUUAAGAGUCUUAGAAUAUAAAGUUCCUUUUAAAUCAAUAGAAAAUUUUAUGGUGAUAAAAUCUCAGUCUUGCAGACAAGGUAUUGUGCUAAGAGAGUAUUAACAUUCAGUUACGAGAUUUUUUAAAAGGAAAAAAUAACACACUGUGUGUGCCUCCUUGAAUGAAUGUACCACAGCAUUUAAUAAAUUAUGUUCAAAAUA